UUACUCUUUCUCUCUUUUCACUUUUCUUCGGUACGAUUCAAUACUACAAAGACGAAAAGGCAAUCUGGCGUCUCUUCCUUUGCUUCGACCGAGCUACGAUACCGAGUGCCAACUCUACUCUUUUACACUCGACUCAUUUGAACCUUUUCUUACUGUCGAUAUCAUCACCCCACCAACUGCCACCUAGAGAGAACUCACACCGACCCGUCAUCCGGCAGCCAUCAAGAUGGUGAAGGAGACCAAGCUCUACGAUACUCUGAGUAUCAAACCUGAGGCGUCGCAAGACGAAAUAAAAAAAGGCUACCGAAAAGCUGCCUUGAAGUGGCACCCUGACAAGAACAAAGACAACCCCAACGCCUCGGAAAAAUUCAAGGAGUGCUCCCAAGCCUAUGAGAUCCUGUCCGACCCGGAGAAGCGCAAAAUCUAUGACCAAUAUGGCCUCGAGUUCCUGCUGCGGGGUGGUGCUCCUCCGCCCGAGGGAGGUCCAGGGGCCAACCCUUAUGCGGGAGCAGGCGGCAUGCCUGGCGGCUUUGGCGGUUUUGAUUUCGGAGGCAUGCCGGGAGGCGGCGGCGCCAGGACGUUCCAUUUCAGCACUGGCGGAAACGGCUCCAAGGCGUACAACUUCAACAACCCCGAAGACAUAUUCACAGAGUUUAUGCGCAGCAACAUGCAUGGUGGAGGCGGCGGCGUAGGCGGCGACGACGACGAUUUUGGCUUCUUCAGCAGUUCAUCAUUCGGCGGCGGCGGCGGCGGCGGUCCCCGGCCUGGACGAACGAGGGCGAGAUCUGGCUUCGCUGAGGCUCCGCAGAGGAACCGCGAACCAACACCCGAAGUUACAACCGUUGAACGGCCGCUACCUCUUUCUCUAGAAGAGUUAUACAACGGAACGACAAAGAAGAUGAAGAUUAAACGCAAGACCUUUGACGAGACCGGAAAGCGAGUGCAAACCGACCAGAUAUUGGAAGUACCCAUCAAGCCGGGUCUCAAGAAGGGAUCUAAAAUCAAGUUUAACGGAGUUGGCGAUCAAGUAGAGGGUGGUAGACAAGAUCUGCAUUUUAUCCUUGAAGAGAAAGAUCAUCCCCUCUUCAAGCGAGAGGACAACGACAUUGUGCACACCGUUACCCUGGACCUAAAGGAAGCCUUGACUGGAUGGAAGCGAGUAGUCACUACAAUUGACGGCAAGCAAAUCAGCAUAGACAAAGGCGGCCCAACCCAGCCUGGAAGUGAAGAUCGGUAUCCGGGACUGGGAAUGCCCAUGACGAAGAAGCCUGGACAGAGAGGCGACUUUAUUGUUCGCUACAAGGUCAAUUUCCCAUCAAGCUUGUCCCAAGAUCAAAAGGCACAGCUCAAAGAGAUUUUGUAGAAGG